CAAGUGGAUGGACUGUUUUCUUCCAACUCCUCUUCAUCAAUUAUCUCCAAAUUUUAGUUGUCCCUUAAAUCAAUAUACUUUCAUCUUGGUUUCUUCUUGGCUUAUAAAUAACAAAUCUCCAAUCAGAGCUAGCUAGCUAGCUGGAUAGUAUCUCAUAUUUUGUUGUAGAUAAAGAUACUAGUAUCUCAACUCAGUGAAUUGAAGAAGGCUUUGGUUGAAUUCUUCUACUAAGUUUUUGAGUGCAGAAAAGUAAAAAGCUAGCUUGCCUUCUUUUGGUCAAUUAUUGGUUGCAGAAUCAAGCCAUCAGUUUGAUUUCAGUACAAUAAGCCAAAUCCUCAAAAGCCAGCAUACAUAUAUAUAGUAAAUCCUGAUGAACAUGGAAGCAUCUAAUUCAUCGAAUUCGAUGUUCUUCGGAGCAAGAGGGGAAGAUCAAGGCCAGAUGACACAACAACAUUCCACCAUGUUUAAUUCCUCAACAGCUCCAGCAGCAGCAGCAGCAGCAGCAGCUCCACAGAAGAAGAAGAGAAAUCUUCCUGGAACUCCAAAUCCAGAUGCUGAAGUAAUUGCACUAUCUCCCAAGUCACUAAUGGCAACAAACAGGUUCAUAUGUGAGGUAUGCAACAAAGGGUUUCAAAGAGAACAAAACUUGCAACUUCACAGAAGAGGACACAACCUUCCUUGGAAGCUAAAAAAGAAGACUACAAACGAAGUGAUCAAGAGGAAAGUUUAUCUUUGUCCCGAGCCCACUUGUAUUCAUCAUGAUCCUUCUCGUGCACUUGGAGACCUCACUGGUAUUAAGAAACACUAUUCUCGUAAACAUGGUGAGAAGAAAUACAAGUGUGACAAAUGCUCUAAGCGCUAUGCUGUUCAGUCGGAUUGGAAAGCUCAUUCCAAAACAUGUGGCACUAGAGAAUACAGAUGUGACUGUGGCACUCUCUUCUCCAGGCGUGACAGUUUCAUCACACACCGAGCCUUCUGCGAUGCACUGGCUCAAGAAAGUGAAAGGCAUCCUUCUAGCAUCAGUAGCCAUAUAUUUGGAAACAAUCCCAUGCAUUUGAAUCUCUCUCAAGCGCAGAUUCAUUCAAACAAUAUGUUAAGGCUAGGAAGUGGUACUAGUACUAGUGGAGCCAAGUUGGAGCAGCUUUCAAGUUCUUCGUCAUUAUUCACUACUCAACCUCCACAAUCUCCCUACUUCAUGCCACCACCUGACUCAAACCAAGGGUUUCAAGAACUCCAGAACAAGUCAUUUCACGGGUUAAUGCAACUACCUGAUCAUUUACAAACUAACAGGAGCAACUCCCUUUCUGCAGCCUCAAACUUGUUCAAUCUUAGCUUCUAUCCGAGUAGUAAUACUACAAACAGUAUUAGCAACAGUACUGAUAAUAGUUCAAGCUUCUUGAUACAAGAUCAUCAGUUUGGAAAUGAAGGAAACACAAGUAUCUUUUCAGGUAAUAACACUAUCUACAACACUUCUCAUGAUCAUCAAAGUCCAGCAUUGGGGCCUAUGUCGGCAACUGCAUUGCUACAGAAAGCUGCUCAAAUGGGCUCAACAACAAGCAACACAAAUGCUGCUUUGCUAAGAGGACUUGGAAGCAGCAACAGGACCUCAUCCAUAACUGAUGCUAAUAAGUUUGGACGAAGUAAUUUUAAUACCGAAAAUGAACACCAACAACUUGAAGGACUAACGAACCCUUUUGCAAAUGGAAAUUAUGGAAGUCAUGGGGCUGAUCAUCAUCAACAUAAUAAUAAUUUUGCAGCGUUUGGUGGGAAUACUAUGAGAUCGCAAAUGGAUGAUGUUGGAGCUGCAGGGAAGAUGCAUCAUAAUGUUUUACAAAGCACGAAAGGGCCUUCAGGUGAUGGAUUGACACUGGAUUUCCUCGGCAUUGGAGGAGGGAGAGCUAGAAAUUCGAGUAUUGAAUUCUCACAGAGGGAUCACCAAGCUGCUACAAAUAAUGAAACGACUUCCUUAGAUAAUCCAAGAUUGAGCUCUUUGUCACAAGUAAGGCAUUCAUUUGGAAAUCCCAAAUUGCAAUGAGGACAUGUAUGAUGUAUGUUGUGAGGAAGAUCAAAGUAUUAUGUAUUAAGAUGAUGAUUACACAAUAUUAUUGCCACAAAGACCUAAUUCUUUGACAUAUGAUUUAUUUUGCAAUUUGAAAAA